CGCCCGCCCCGGACGCGGCUGCCGCCGGCGGGACCAGCAGCUUGGCCGCUCGCACCAUGAGCAGCCUCCCCGCCGACCGGGAGGGCGGCCCCGCCGACACUGGCCUGCCCGAGGAGGAGGUGAGGACGCUCUUUGUCAGCGGGUUGCCUCUGGAUAUCAAGCCCCGGGAACUUUACCUGCUCUUCAGGCCCUUUAAGGGGUACGAAGGGUCUCUCAUCAAACUCACCUCCAAGCAGCCCGUGGGCUUCGUCAGCUUUGAUAGCCGCUCCGAGGCAGAGGCGGCGAAGAACGCGCUGAACGGCAUCCGCUUCGACCCCGAGAUCCCCCAGACGCUGCGGCUGGAGUUCGCCAAGGCGAACACCAAGAUGGCCAAGAGCAAGCUGGUGGGCACCCCCAACCCCAGCACACCUCUCCCCACCGCCGUACCUCAGUUCAUCGCCCGGGAGCCCUAUGAGCUCACAGUGCCUGCACUUUACCCCAGUAGCCCUGAAGUGUGGGGGCCAUACCCUCUGUACCCAGCGGAGUUAGCACCUGCUCUACCUCCUCCUGCUUUCACCUAUCCCGCUUCGCUGCACGCCCAGAUGCGCUGGCUCCCUCCCUCCGAGGCUGGUUCUCAGGGCUGGAAGUCCCGUCAGUUCUGCUGAAUGCCGGGUCUCAGGUGUGUGAUGGUGGCCUACAGUCAGUCUUGUGGGUAUUAAUGGAGUCUUCCAAGGCGGCUACUGGGUUGGCAUGCUCUCCACAAAACCACAGUGUGCUGGCUUGAAAAAGAAAAACAACCCCUCACACGUUUGGAUUCCUCCAAGACUUUCCCACAGCCUCUAUCACACAUCUGCUCUCCUAGAAGAAAACCGAAAAGCAUACCUAGUAAUAAUAUUUUCCUCUUUUACACUGUAUAUUUGUAAGAAAGAGUGUGUUACUUCUGAAAGCAUGGUUUGACAGGCAUCGCUGUAGUGUUUGAAAAGGCUUUUCAAACAGAACCAUAGGAAAGCAGACUACAAAAAAAGCGAAACGAGAGCAAGUAUUUUUGUACCAAACCUCCUAAAUAGGACAAUCUUACACUGGGUUGGACCACAGGUUUUUGUGCUUGACUUUUGAAUGCGUGUAAUUAAGAGUCUCUAUCCACCCCCCCCUGCCCCAUCAGCUGCAUGUCGAAGGCAUGAUGUUCACGUGCGUGCAGAUGUUGAGACACACGAUUCGGGUUUGUAGGAAUUGUGCUCCGGCUGUUACAGCAAGACGUCUGCGGACACUUACAGCAUUCCCAUUUUCUUCCCAGUUGUACCAAAUGACAACCAGGCAGGACAAUCAGAAACUUUCUUAUGGUGAUUUUUUUUACCUUAGGGCUAUGUUAAUAGCUUGCUGUGCAAAGCUUCGGCAUGGUACAACGGCUCGGAUCAGGGAUGGGCAGACAGCCCGCACAUGUAGCAAGGUGACAAUUUGCCUCCUCCUCCUGCGAUGACUGCUUGAAGUUGUUACGGGCAACGUAAACUGCUGUAUGAGAUAAAGAAAACAAACCCUCGGUUCGCCAGCUUACUCAAGGUUGGGUGUGAGUCCCGAGCGAGUCGAGGGGCUUAGACACGUUCCUACCGUUACGCCAAAGUGCUGGGCGGAACUGGGGUUUUAGCGUUAAGGUUAUGCUGGUCCGGCUGCUCACUGCGUAGCAUUUCCACAUUUCCGUGUGCGAAGACAAGAAGGGAGGUUGCUAACACCCCUGGGGCAGUAUCUGUCACCUUUACAGAGAUAGCGUACCAGCAAAGAGACAGCUGACAUGCUAGUCUCCUUGCUCCAGGAGGAAUUGGAAAAAAAAAAUUUAAAAUAGAGCAAACCAAACCAAAACCUCAAACAGAUUUCAGUUUCUUGCAAAAGGAGGCGCAAAACUAAUUUCACUGCCUUUCCCCCCCUACCCCAUCCCUGCUGUAGGGUACACCGAGCUCAGCCACUGCGCGGGCUUCACCAUAGCUGGUUUCCCAGCUGCACUGAAGACAUGGGGUGCCCGUGGCCUUGUGAAACACCAUAACCUUUUUUUCUUCCUUCUUCCUUUUAUUCUGUGGGUGGGCCAAAAUAACAUGGCUGAGAUUUCGGCUGCCGGAGCUGGGGCAGGGCGGGAGGGUGAGAUGGUGUGAUGGGAAACUGUCCCGUUGGGGUUUUCUGUAAAGAGUGGGAUUGAUAAAGGCGACGUGAGAAGAAAUCAAUUCCAAGACAAACCUCUGAGCGGCUCUAUAAGGAACGAUACCAGCGUUUCCAAGCAACGGACUAACUCUUUUAGCAAACUAUUUCCUGUAAUUUGUCUUGUGGAGAGGAGAGAAGCUUCCACAUUGUCUACUCCGCUUUUGGAAAUACGUUUAAAGGUACUUUUCUAUUGUAAUUUUUUAAAAAUAAAACCAGUGAUUAUUGUAAGUUACA